UUAGGUACUCAUUACAUGAAGCAGUGCACCCACUAACACAUCCCACCUUUAUUCCCAUUACACUUGUUUUUCCUUCUUCUUCACUCAGUCUCAGUCACUGCUGCCCACAAACCACCACCACCACCACCACCACCACCAACUCACUCAAGCUUCUUUCCUUCUUUAUGAAAUGUCCCACCACCAUCCUCCACCAUUCCCCAUCAUCCUCACCCUUCUUUUCUCUCUCCUGCCCUUAUUGCCCGGACUACCCGUCUUACCCAACCCAGACCCAGCUUCCAUCCAACAACAGCAAACCUUCCUCCCAAAUCCCUCUCCGCCGGCCACUAUCCCAUCAUUCCCUGAACAAUCAGCUGUAGCCGGAUGUCCAUUAUCCCUCCCCGAUGAGAUCUUCCCCGCCGUUAAGGCUUCAUGUAACGGUGGCGGGCAUCUCCGGCGAGGCAAAUGCUGCCCUGUCCUGGCCGCCUGGCUGUACUCUGCCUACUCGAAUACAGCUCUGGGUAAAGGAGCUAGCAAUAGUAAGUCGGUAUCAACGACGUCGUAUGAUAUGCCAUUGCUGCCAGAUGACUCAGAAACAUGUGUUGAUGGGCUUGAAAACGCAAUGAGAGAUAAAGGGGUAAAUUUGGUAAAAAUAAAUGCAACUUGUGAUGUUGUGUAUUGUUACUGUGGAAUUAGGCUUCAUCAAUUGAGCUGUCCUCAAGCUUUUCAUAUUUCAGAAGAUGGUAGAUUAGCAGGGGAUGACAGAGUCAACAAGUUAGAGAAAGAUUGUUAUAGCUCACAUAAGUCUAAGGAUGACCAUUCUACCCUUGCUGGUUGUUCUAAGUGCUUGCACUCUCUUUACUCGCUGAAAAAAGGCAGCGGAGUAAGUAAGAACGGAACAAAAGCAGACGUGAGGACAAGCAAGAUGCGUAGCAGAGACUGCGAAUUAAUGGGGUUGACAUGGCUUCUACACAAAAACAGAGACAAGUAUAUGUCUACGGUUACAGCAGUAAUGAGAGCACUAAUGCUGAAUGAAGAAGGUGCUGAUCCACAAUCAUGUAGUCUGAGCAGCAAUGGUUUGCCACUCGCUGUUGAUUCCUCUGAAAUCGAUGGCCAGUCUUCAUCAGUAACCCUUAAGUCCCCUCUCUACGUCACGUUUUUCUUGCUAAUUACGAGCUCAACUAUAGUAUCGUAUUAUUUCUAGAUUUAAUCAUCUUCUUUAAUCCCCAUUUUUUGUUCUUUAAUUGUGGCUGUUUAGUGUUUACCACUCACUGUGUUGUAGUAACUAGUAAGUAAGAUGUAAUAGUAGUCUAGGGUUUAAAAUCAUGCAUGUUACCAGUAAACUUUGUGCAGGGUUAAAAGUGUCAUGUUCCAGAUGA